GGAAAUUGCCGAAGGUGCCGCCGGGGGGCGACGGAAGUUGCCGAGGCGGCCGCCAUAGUAGCUAGGUGAGAGAGCUGCGGAGCGUUUUCUGGUUCAGAAGAGCCAAGCGGUGCAGCGGGUGCUGCUGCUGGUCCCCGCAGUACAAGGAGCAUCAUGCUGCGACUACCUGCUGUCCGCAGGGCCUUAGCUGGUGUCACUCAGUCCACCAAAGGAUGUGUGCGUACAACCACUACAGCAGCCAGCAACCUGAUAGAGGUGUUCGUUGAUGGGCAGCCUGUCUUGGUAGAACCAGGAACUACAGUGCUUCAGGCCUGUGAAAAGGUUGGAAUGCAGAUACCUCGCUUUUGUUACCAUGAUCGAUUGUCUGUUGCGGGAAACUGUAGGAUGUGCCUUGUGGAGAUAGAGAAAGCACCCAAGCCAGUAGCUGCUUGUGCAAUGCCAGUAAUGAAGGGUUGGAACAUACUGACAAAUUCUGAGAAGUCCAGGAAAGCAAGAGAGGGUGUAAUGGAGUUCUUGCUGGCAAACCACCCAUUGGACUGUCCAAUCUGUGAUCAGGGAGGAGAGUGUGACCUCCAGGACCAAUCAAUGAUGUUUGGCAAUGAUAGGAGUAGAUUUUUAGAGGGAAAACGUGCAGUUGAAGACAAGAACAUUGGCCCACUAGUCAAAACAAUUAUGACUCGGUGUAUACAGUGCACUCGGUGUAUCAGGUUUGCUAGUGAGAUUGCAGGGGUAGAUGACUUGGGAACAACAGGCAGAGGAAAUGAGAUGCAAGUUGGCACUUACGUUGAAAAAAUGUUUAUGUCUGAGUUAUCAGGCAAUGUUAUUGACAUCUGCCCAGUAGGAGCCCUUACCUCCAAGCCAUAUGCCUUUACUGCCCGUCCCUGGGAGACACGAAAGACUGAGUCCAUUGAUGUUCUUGAUGCUGUUGGAAGUAACAUUGUGGUGAGCACAAGGACUGGAGAAGUGAUGAGGAUUUUGCCAAGAUUGCAUGAAGACAUCAAUGAGGAAUGGAUCUCUGACAAAACAAGGUUUGCGUACGAUGGUUUGAAACGCCAGCGGCUUAUUGAACCAAUGGUCAAAAAUGAAGAAGGGCUGUUUGUUUACACCUCCUGGGAAGAUGCCCUGACUCGUGUUGCUGGAGUGCUGCAGGAUGUCCAAGGUAAGAAUGUGGCUGCAAUUGCAGGAGGACUGGUGGAUGCAGAAGCACUGGUAGCUCUAAAAGACUUACUGAAUAGAGUAAACUCUGACACUCUGUGCACUGAAGAGGUCUUCCCUAAUGCUGGAGCUGGCACAGACCUACGCUCUAACUACUUGCUUAAUACCAAGAUUGCUGGAGUGGAGGAGGCAGAUGUCCUGCUUCUGGUUGGCACCAAUCCACGCUUUGAGGCACCCCUGUUUAAUGCUAGAAUUAGAAAGAGCUGGCUUCACAAUGAUCUGCAGGUGGCUCUUGUGGGCAGUGCAGUGGAUCUGACCUACACGUAUGAUCAUCUGGGAGAUUCCCCACAGAUACUCCAGGACAUUGCUUCAGAAAAACACUCCUUCAUCAAGGUCCUUAACCAGGCCAAAAAACCAAUGGUGGUGGUAGGCAGUGCAGCACUUCAGCGCAGUGAUGGAGCAGCUAUCCAUGCUGCAGUUUCCAGCAUUGCACAAAAUGCUAGGACAAAAAGUGGAGUUGGUACUGACUGGAAAGUUAUGAACAUCCUUCAUAGGGUUGCAAGCCAAGUAGCUGCUUUGGAUCUAGGUUUCAAACCAGGAGUGGAUGCAAUCCGGAAGAACCCUCCCAAAGUACUGUAUCUUUUGGGGGCAGAUGCAGGUUGCAUAACACGUCAAGAUUUGCCAAAGGAUUGCAUUAUCAUCUAUCAGGGACAUCAUGGUGAUGUGGGCGCUCCCAUGGCUGAUAUUAUUCUCCCAGGAGCAGCUUAUACAGAGAAAUCUGCAACAUAUGUGAACACUGAGGGCAGGGCCCAGCAGACAAAAGUAGCAGUAACACCUCCUGGCAUGGCAAGAGAGGACUGGAGAAUUAUUAGAGCCAUCUCUGAGCUAACUGGUGUGACCCUCCCUUAUGAUAACCUCGAUCAAGUAAGGAACAGAUUGGAAGAAGUUUCUCCUAACCUGGUCCGAUAUGAUGAUGUAGAGCAAGCUAACUACUUCAGCCAGGCGAAUGAGCUCUCCAAGUUAGUGAAUCAACGGUUGCUUGCUGACCCUCUUGUUCCACCUCAGCUCACAAUUAGAGAUUUCUAUAUGACAGAUCCAAUCAGUAGAGCAUCCCAGACAAUGGCCAAGUGUGUGAAAGCAGUCAUUGAAGGUGCUCAGGCAGUAGAAGAGCCAUCCAUCUGCUGAAGAAUAAUCACACUGCUACCAAAAUCCAUCAGAUAUUCUAGUAAUAUGUUGGUAUGACUAACUUUCAAAAAACAAUUAUUUUAUGGUGUUACACUUUAUGUUCACAUCUUCAUGAAAACAGUUCAGAUCACCUAAUAUGGGGCUAUCAGUGUGCUUGGAAAUUAAACACAACACUCAAUUUAUUGGACCUAAAAAAAUAUGAGUACGGUGAUUGUGUACAAACAUGAUAGAUUAUUAAAAUCAGUUCAUUUCCUAUGUAAAUGGUUUGUAUGGCUUGUGAUUCUCUUGCAUAAAAAUAAAGAUUUAAACAUAAA